CUGGUAGACACAACUUUCCCCCACUGGUUAUUGUCUGUUGGUCUGCGUGCAUUGUUUUGACGGGUCACCUGGCGUGAUACCUACCUAGCCCUAGGCUAGUACAGGGUCUGCAUCUGCAGUUUAAAACGACAGGCGGUGGUUGGUGUUAAGACUAUGGCGUUAGUGGAAACGCGGACAUACUAUGUGGGGACUAGUACCUGGCUCUCCACGACUGUUGACUCCAUUGCCAAGAUAAAGGUGCCAGAGACAAUGACGCGAGAAGAUAUCGUCCCCAAACCGACCACCAUGCCGGCGGGACUAGAGGGUCUGUGUAACGACGUGUGGUCGUGGGAGGAGCAGGAAUUGGAGCAGGACUUCGCCCAGUUGGAGUUGGGGGGCAUCAGGAACCGGACCGUGAUAUUCCACCCCACCUGGUCGCGGGGCACCGUGGCCGUGCGCGCUACCAAACCUAUCGACAAGAACGGCGUGCACUACUGGGAAAUCAGGGUUUCUGACCGCCUAUUCGGCACCAGCAUGAUGUUCGGAAUCGGCAGCUCGAAGACGCGGGUGAAUCUUUACGACUUCAUCAACGUCCUUGGAGAGAACGAGCACAGCUGGGGCCUCAACCACAAGGGCAUCCUCUGGCACAAGGGCGUCGACAGACCCUUCGCCGAACCGUUCGCCGAAAACACGCCGACCACCGUGGGGCUGCUGUACUGCAAGGGCACCCUGACGUACUACAGGGAUGGGAAAUGCCUCGGGGAAGCGUUCAAAGGACUGGAGAAGUACGAAGGGGACCUGUUCCCUAUGAUCGCGUCUACAGCCGCGAAGACGGAGAUGGUGCUAGGCGCCACCAAGCGGGAGUACCCGUCACUGCAGGACAGGUGCCGGGCGGUGAUCUCCGCGUGUGUCCAGGAGGCGGAGGACUGUGACAAGCUGAAGUUGCCGUCGCGACUUAUAAACUACAUCAAGGAGUUUCACCCCGCAUAAUGCUAAGGUCACAAUCGACAACCCGUGGCCCGGCCGGGCAGUUUGCAUGAACGAAACUAUGAAAUAUCUGGAAAG